AUGGAUGAAGCUACUAUCACGGUUGGGAACCAUAGUAAUAACACAGGCACAGUGCAGAUAGGAGAACCAAGCGGUGAGCAGAUGCUACACCCACAUGAAGACGCACUCGCAAGUGAGAACAGUAACUUCAAUUAUAUAGAUAUAGUGAAUAGCAUGGGCGGAAAUUACGAACCGAAUGGAGCUGUAGCCCAAAUUUUUAAUUACCAAAGUGAGGAAGAGUUCGUUCAUGAGGGGAAUGCAUAUGAUGAGGAUGGAUGCAGUGAGACAAAUAGCGAAAUGAAGAACCCACCUGCACAAACAACACCGAAAAGAAGAACGUAUCCACAGAAUAUGGACACGUGUGGACCGGCAAGGAAAAUGAGGAAGGGAGUUAACAGCAGCUACCCAAUGGAAGAGACGCAUAAUAACAAUGAAAAAAACAACUUCAAGGAAAGGAAGUACAACCUCUAUAGAAAUAACCCCCAUUGGAAAGCAACAGAAGAAAAUCCUCUAUACCAAAGGGAACGUCCUGGGCUGUAUAAAGGAGCCUUCAAAAAAUGGGAAGGUAACCAAAUUAACAGUAGGCAAGGGAAGAAAGCAGGAGGAGGGCAGGAUGAGAGGUACAAUGUGGUUGAUAAAAAAUUAUUCUUGAGUAAAUGGGAUAAGGUUGAUGAGGAGAAUAACAAUCACCACGAUGGUCCCCGGGGGGAGGCAUGUUAUGAUGACUCCAGAGGGAUUUAUCUAGGAAGGGGUGGAUCCAGUCAGUUCACCAGGGAAAGGGCAAGUCAGUUUGGUAGAGGCAGACCAAGUCAGUCUGUGAGGGGUGGGCCCAGUCAGUUCACCAGGGGAAGGGCAAGUCAGUAUGGGAGAGGCAGACCAACCCAAUAUGGUAGAGGUAGACCUAGUCAUGUGGAUAGGGGGGGGAGGUCCAAUCAUUGUGAGUAUGGUCGUUUUAGACAACAAAACCAUGACCGGUCCAGUCAGUAUGACCCCGACAGGCUGAAUCCUUACGGGAAAGAUCCAAUGGGUCAGUACCAUCCAGAUAGAUCGAAUAAGUAUGACACCGGGAGGAUGAAUCUCUACGGACACAACGGGCCGAAUCACCAUGGGUAUGACCAAUCCAGUCUGCACGACCCGGAUAAAUCUGAACGGUAUGAAUAUGACCAUGGAAGAUCCAGUCAGUGUGACCACGAUGGAAUGAAUAAAUAUGAACUGGAUAGGCUCUCCAAAUAUGACGCAGAUAAAUCCAGUCAGUAUGGAAGUAAUAGAUCCACUCAGGAUGAUUUUGACCGAUUGAGUAAAUACAGCACUGAUCAGCUGAAUCAGUACGCAUAUAACAGACCCAGCCAAUAUAACCCUAAUAGAAGGAACCAGUACUCUCGUGACGGGGCUAUUGAGUGUCAGGGUGGUCAGUAUAGCCGAGGCCAUCGAAAUGAACCCGAAGAAAAAGGCGACACCUAUCUAGGGCAGAAAUACAAGUGCAACAUCUUCAACGAAGAGUGCUACAUCAUCGAGUGUAAAUGUUACGGAAGCGAAGAGAUGGAGGUACCAGGGCCCCUUAGCACCAUGGAAGACCUAUGCACCAUCUGUGGAAACAACCUGUACCGAAACAUCUGCGAGAAGGGAUACAGCCAAAUGACCAUAGUUCAGAAGUAUUCCAUCCCAAUAAUAAAGAAUAAAAUGAAUUUGAUUGCGUCCUCACAAACAGGAAGUGGGAAAACCUUUUCCUUCCUCUGUCCAGUAAUUACAAACUUGAUAGAAGACAACGACACGUUGAGACCUCAUUUCCCUGGGGCCUAUGCUUGUGUUUUUCCCUUGGGUUUGGUCCUCUGUCCCACGCGAGAGUUAGUACUUCAAAUUUUGAACGAGGUUAACAGUUUGACGAAAAAUAUGGAGCUCGUUUGUAUGGCCUUCUAUGGAGGGGAGACGAUGAAAGACCAGAUUGUGCAGAUAAACGAACGGCAAGCGGAUAUCAUCGUGUCGACCCCGGGGCGAUUACUCGAUCUGAUGAAUAGCUGUAAGGUUAGUCUGUCUUUUGUAAAAUACUUAAUCUUCGAUGAGGCGGAUGAAAUGAUUUCCCUUGGCUUGAAGGAACAGAUGGAUGCCAUUUUAUUUGAAAAAGAUCUUUGUGCCAGUGAAGCCAGACAGACCAUAUUGUUCACGGCGACCUUCUCCGAUAGCCUUCGGGAGGAUAUUGAGAAGUUCAUGGGCACUCCAUAUGUGUUUUUAAAUAUCACACAGAAAAGGGAGGUGCAAAAUUCUAUUAAACAGGUCGUCAAAUACGUGCCCGCGAAGUGCAAGCAGGACGAGUUGCUCAAGGACCUGAAGCCUCUGCAGGGGCAAGCCAUCAUCUUUGUGGAACUGAGAAGCUCAAUUAAUUACAUUUUCUCUGCGUUGAAGUCGAACGGCUAUCAAGUGAAUUAUCUGCACGGGAAAAUGAGUCAGGUUCGGAGACAAGACGUGUUUCAACAGUUCCGCGAUAGAGAGUUUCAAAUUUUAGUAGCUACCUCCAUCGCAGCAAGGGGUUUAGAUUUUCCCGACCUAGAGUUAGUAAUAAAUUAUGAUCUUCCCGCCGAAUUUGAGCAAUACAUGCACAGGAUUGGUAGGACCGGACGCAUUGGUAAAACUGGACUAGCCAUUAACUACUUUAACAGCUCCAAUAAAAAAAUUAUUGAUAAGCUCAUCGACCAUUUGAGGAAACACAACCAGACCGUGCCCCAGUGGUUGCUCAAUUUUAACUAG